AUGGCCAAAGCAUCACCACUAGGCAAUCUGGCCAAGCUGCCAUACGAGAUACGGCUUGUCCUCUGGGACUACGUCCUUUGCCUCGAAUUGCAUCAAGAAUCGCCAAUAGAGCAACUGGGCAUCCUUCGAACCAGCCGAGAAAUACACGACGACAUAAUUAGCCGCCUCUACAACACGAUUGACAUCCACAUUUCCCCGGUUCUCAAUGAACCCACGGCAAUAUUUCCCCGGAUGCGCAACGCUGCAUCCCAGCCAGCAGUGUUCUACAGAGGCCACAAGUUCUCUAACCUCCCCUAUGACGAGAUAAAUCUGGCUAUCCAUCUGUAUGCUCCUGAUCCUCGAGACCCAGGACAGUUGCUUUUACUAUACGAGAGGGCGUUCGAGUUGAUGCGUACUACCCUGCGUGGUGUUUGCUCUUUUCAACAUGUUGAUAUCUGCUAUCACAAGAACAACAACGUCGACUGGCAAACUGACGGAACGGCACAUGAAACUGUCAAAUAUCCAGUUCGACAUGGCCGUUUAGACCAGAACAUUGUAUUAAUCCCUUUUCUUCGGCUGCAGGAAGUGAACAACCUAGAAAUCAUCCCAUCAGGCCCAAGGAUGAAGAGAGCCGUGAGUCAAGGCUUCAUCAAGUACGCCUGUGAAUUUAUCAAUCAAAACGGAGAUGAACUGUAUUUGUCAGGAGAGAAUAUUUCCUUUCCAGAUGACCCUAAAUACGCCACAAUUACUCCAAUGUUCCGCCAUGUCAGAGAAUUGGCCGACGACAUGGAGUUCUUCCUCGACACUCAACUGGAUUAUCUUCCUGGAUAUACAGCAGACAUACUCCGAUUGAGACGCUUGAUGGACUGGUUCUGUAGGAGUCCAACCGACUAUUCGCCAUAUGCUAAAUGGUUUCUAUACAUUCUUCGAUUCCGUCCAACGUGCGCCAAAACCCAUGACCCGGGCCUUUUUAAGCUCCUCAACCGAUACAAGGCUGUGAUCACGACAUUUGCUCUGCUGAAGCCCCCUGGUUCAAGAUUCGACUAUGUUAACUUGGAAACGUGGAAAAAGAUAUGGCACGAGGCUUAUCCCAAGGGAUAUCCUCCCUUGCCACCAGCAGAAUCGACGCGAAAGAAGAAUGUGCUUUUUGCUUGCGAAUCAUACAAAAUGGCGACCCACCCUCCUUUUGAUGCAUUCUUUGUUGCGUUUAUGAGAUGGAGAUUCAGGAGAUGGCCGUCAAAGUAUCGGAGGCCUCCAUUAUACAACUGGGGGUUGACGAUCGAGAGACGUUGGUGUGAAGACUGCGACUAUGUAGGGUUCGAGUAUGGGUGUUGUCUAUCAGGCAUGUCGCCAUCGACCCCCCGAAAAAGCCUGCCGCCCAUCUUCGUGAAUAAAGACGGAAACCCAUCGCGGUCAUCAGUCCCUCCUGGCUCUCCUUUGUCUCCAGCUUGCAGUGGGUCAGCACCGCUGACCGGGGCAAAUAAAAUCAAGCUGGAGUACGAUAAGGUUAGCCACCUUCAGUUCUACGCAGCCUACGGAGAUUACGCGGGGUGCGUGUUUAACCACCUGAAAAAGGUGGCAAAAGAGGACGUGGGUACUAGCCUGCCAGAGAAGGUGGGCCUCCUUCGACAAAAACUACUAUGUGACAGCGAUGUCACAUCCGUGAAGGAGGGUCCAGUUGCAAACACCGUGAGGGAAUGCAUCCGCAUUCUCCAGGAGCGGAAGUUCGACAUUAACCUUCAGAUGGCUUGCCUGGCAAUCGAUAUCUAUGCCAAACGUAACGAGUUCUGCCAUGCAGAGGUGGGAAGAGUCAAUGCCGCCAAAGAUCACAGCCGCUGGACGGGUCUGAUAAAAACCGACAUCGAUAAUCUUCCCGGGACUUUGCCAGAUUCAUACGUUACCUAUGGGGCCAAAGAGCGGGAGAAGACGUCGACUCGAGACCGGGCGUGGGCUCAUCUCCAGCGACAUCGGAAACCAGAACGCGCGGAACCAUAUCUCUACGGCCUGGCGGAAGACCAACAAAGGCGUGCCUUCGACCUCGGCGAUUUCGGUGAACGUGCCUACGCUAUCGCACGGACAAAUGCGGAUUGGAAACCGAAGACCGUCUAUCCGAUUCCUGGUACUGGGGACCGGAAAAGGCCCAUCUCGGACCCAACCGCCUACAUCUCAAAGAGACAGAGGGUCAUUGGCUCUUUGUCUUCCGAGGGGUGUCACAGCGAGAUAGUCGACAACACCAGGGCUUGCGACCCUACACAUUCCCAAGCCGAUGUCGAAUCUUUUCGGGCGUCUUGGCGCGUCAACGAAAAGAUGGAGGCCCUUCGAAAGUUGAACGCCGGCAAGGCCUGCGUGGCAUGGAAAAGUAUGGAGGCUGUGGUUGAUGCCGCGUUGGCUGCUAUGGGAGCGGGGGAGGUGGUGGAGGAGGAGGUGAGGAAGAAGGAGAGGGAGAAGGAGGAUAAGGCUAGGGAGGAGGUGGAUAAGGCGAGGAAGGAGAGCCGAGGGCUCUAGGUAUGUAUCACCCUUUCCCUUUGGUGUAUGUGGAGGUUGAUGCCAUUUAUCGG